GGGGCGCCACGGACCGGAAGUGGAUGUGGGCCGCAGUUCGCGAGCUCCUCAUGACCCGACUGCAGUGGGGGUCAAAGCCCGAUAAAAUGCCUGUCGCCUGAGCUGGUGGCCGCUUGGGAGGGCCUGGGGUCUCGUGCACCUCCCCCAGCCUAUUACGUGGCCUGUGUUUACCAUGACACAUGAAUGCCUUCAUGCUUCCCUUCUGAACACUCAGGGCCUGCCGACUGAGAAUGAGCCUGUGUGACCCGCAGACACCAGUCCAGGAGUCGUGAGAUCCCUCCGUGUCACCAGCUCUGGCCCCCUCUGCCGCCCAGUUGCUUGACUCUGCCGUUCCCUGGGGUGGUCCUGUGCCCUCGGCAUCGAGGACCCUCAGCUCUUGGAGAAGGUGGUUGGUCCCUGGUGCAGACUCUGGUGUGGGGGGGUGCGUGAAAGCCCCCAGACCAGGAUGAGCACGGGGCUGGCGUGGUGAGCUGCCCUCAGCAUGCCUCCUCCCAGAGCCAGGGAGAGCGGGGAGCCCCGAGCCCGGCACCGCGCCCCCCGGGAGGAGGCAGCCCGCCAGAGCUGGGACUGGACCUGCCCGGAGACGCGCCGGCUCUUCGAGGAGGCCUUCUUCGGGGAGGGGGACUAUAUCCGCCAGGGCUCCGAGGAGUGCCAGAAGUUCUGGACCUUCUUUGAGCACCUGCAGAGAUUUCACAGUCUCCGGACAGCCCGCCGGGAGGAGCAGGACCACGGACGGGCCACAUCCAAGGCCCCGGCAUUCGCGGACCUGCCCCGCACCUAUGACGCUCGCUACCGCAUCAACCUCUCCGUGCUGGGUCCCGACACCCGGGGCUCUCGGGGGCCCGGCGGCCAGCUACCCCCAGAGCGGGUGUCUGAGUUUCGCCGCGCCCUCGCCCACUACCUGGACUUCGGGCAGAAGCAGGCGUUUGGGCGGCUGGCCAAACUGCAGCGGGAACGGGCGGCCCUGCCCAUUGCCCAGUACGGGCAGCGCCUCCUGCAGAUGCUGAAGGAGCACCAGGUGGUGGUGGUGGCCGGUGACACAGGCUGUGGCAAGUCCACGCAGGUGCCCCAGUACCUGCUGGCUGCAGGCUUCAGCCACGUGGCCUGCACCCAGCCCCGGCGCAUCGCCUGCAUCUCACUGGCCAAGCGCGUUGGCUUUGAGAGCCUGAGUCAGUACGGCGCCCAGGUUGGCUACCAGAUUCGCUUCGAGAGCACGCGCUCGGCUGCCACCAAGAUCGUGUUCCUGACGGUGGGGCUGUUGCUGAGGCAGAUCCAGCGCGAGCCAGGCCUGCCCCAGUACCAGGUCCUGAUUGUGGACGAGGUGCACGAGCGGCAGCUGCACAGCGACUUCCUGCUGGGGGUGCUCCGGGGCCUGCUGCCUCGGCGACCCGACCUCAAGGUGGUGCUCAUGUCCGCCACCAUCAACACGGCUCUCUUCUCCACGUACUUCGGCGGGGCCCCGGUGCUGCAGGUGCCCGGGCGGCUCUUUCCCAUCACGGUCGUAUACCAGCCACCGGAGACGGAGGCGGCCGGGGCCACAUCCAAGCCGGAGAAGCUGGACCCGCGGCCCUUCCUGCGGGUGCUGGAGGCCAUCGACCACAAGUACCCGGCCGAGGAGCGCGGGGACCUGCUGGUGUUCCUCAGCGGGAUGGCCGAGAUCAGCGCCGUGCUGGAGGCUGCGCAGGUGUAUGCGGCCAGCACGCAGCGCUGGGUGGUGCUGCCCCUGCACAGUGCCCUGUCUGUUGCUGACCAGGAUAAGGUAUUUGACGUGGCGCCUCCUGGAGUCCGGAAGUGCAUCUUGUCCACCAACAUUGCUGAGACCUCCGUUACCAUUGACGGCAUCCGCUUCGUGGUGGAUUCUGGGAAGGUGAAGGAAAUGAGCUACGACGCGCAAGCCAAGCUGCAGCGGCUGCAGGAGUUCUGGAUCAGCCAGGCCAGCGCCGAGCAGCGCAAGGGCCGAGCCGGCCGCACCGGGCCCGGCGUCUGCUUCCGGCUCUAUGCCGAGUCCGACUACGAUGCCUUCGCCCCCUACCCUGUCCCGGAGAUUCGGAGGGUCGCCCUGGACGCGUUGGUGCUACAGAUGAAGAGCAUGAGUGUGGGGGACCCCCGGACCUUCCCUUUCAUUGAGCCCCCGCCAGCUGCUAGCCUGGAAACAGCCAUACUCUACCUCCGGGACCAGGGUGCCCUGGACAGCUCAGAGGCCCUCACCCCCAUCGGGUCCCUGCUGGCCCAGCUGCCUGUGGAUGUUGUCAUUGGGAAGAUGCUCAUCCUGGGCUCGCUGUUCAGCCUGGCGGAGCCCGUGCUCACCAUCGCCGCUGCUCUCAGCGUGCAGUCGCCCUUCCCGCGCAACGCCCAGAGCAACCCCGAGUGUGCGGGGACCCGGCGGAGCCUGGAGAGUGACCAGGGAGACCCGUUCACGCUCUUCAAUGUCUUCAACGCAUGGGUGCAGGUGAAAUCAGAACAGGGCAGCAACUCCCGCAAGUGGUGCCGCCGCCGGGGCAUAGAGGAGCACAGGCUGUACGAGAUGGCCAAUCUGCGGCGUCAGUUCAGGGAGCUAUUGGAGGACCACGGGCUGCUGGCGGGGGCCAGGGCACCAGAGCAGGGGGACAGCUACAGCCGGCUGCAGGCUCGCAGGGAACGCCGGGCUCUGUACCAGCUGAAGCGGCAGCAUGACGUGGGUGGGGGACGCCGGCGCAAGGUCCUGCGGCUGGAUGAGGGUCUGGACGGCGGCUCCAGCGAUGAAGAACCUGAUCGCAAGGCUGCUGGGGAAACCGGUGACAGCGUGGACAUCCAGGACGUGAAGUUCAAGCUCCGGCACAGCCUGGAGCAGCUGCAGGCGGCCGCCCGCUCAGCACAGGACCUGAGUCGGGACCAGCUGGCCCUGCUGAAGCUGGUGCUGGCCCGCGGCCUCUACCCCCAGCUCGCCAUCCCCGACCCCCUCAACAGCAGCCGGAAGGACUCGGACCAGAUCUUCCACACACGCGCCAAGCAAGGCACCGUGCUCCACCCCACCUGCGUCUUCACCAACAGCCCCGAGGUGCUGCAUCCCCAGGAGCCAGAGGCUGCAGCCGAGGGGCGCCAAGACGACAGGGGCCGGAUGAGCAGCCGCCACCAGCUCCUCGCCUUCGUCUCCCUGCUGGAGACCACCAAGCCGUACCUGGUCAGCUGUGUCCGAGUACCCGCGCUACAGUCUCUCCUGCUGUUCAGCUCCUCCCUGGACACCAACGGUGAUUGCUCCCGCCUGGUGGCUGACGGCUGGCUGGAGCUACAGCUCGCAGACACGGACAGUGCUGUCCAGCUCCUGGCAGCCUCACUGCGGAUCCGGGCCCGCUGGGAGAGGGCACUAGACCGGCAGCUGGCCCGCCAGGCCCGGGGAUGGCGGCGGCAUGAGGAGGAGGACGAGGAGGACGAGGAGGAGGAGGCGGCAGCCCUGGAAAACCGCAAGGAGGUGGCGGCUCUGAGCAGGGAGCUGCUGCAGUUCACAGCCUCCAAGGUUCCCUACAGCCUCCGGCGGCUCACAGGGCUGGAAACCCAGAACCUCUACGUGGGGCCCCAGACUGUCACAGCCACCCCGAGUCUCCCUGGCCUCUUUGGCAGCUCCCCCUCAUCUCCACACCCCACCAAAGGGGGCUACGCGGUCACUGAUUUCCUCACCUACAACUGCCUCGCGAGCGACAGAGACCUGUACAGCGACUGUCUCCGCACCUUCUGGACCUGCCCGCACUGCGCCCUGCACAUGCCCUUCACGCCCCUGGAGCGCAUGGCCCACGAGAACAGCUGCCCUGCGGCCCCGGGCAGCGCCCCAGGGGAUGAGGAUGUGGCCCCUGAGCCCCCACCAAAGGUGUCUGCCCUGCAGAGGCCCUACCACUGCACGCAGUGUGGGCAGCACUUCAUGUUCACGCCCACCGAGCUCCUGCGGCACCGCCGGCAGCAUCUGUGAGCCAGAGCCCGGGGCCGGACUGAGGCCACGGGACCCGCUGCUCCCGCCCUCCCAGCGCCACAGUGUGGGUUCAGGCUGGGGGCUCCCACUCCUGGGGGCCCCCACCCCCGUGGGCCCCUGGUGGCCCUGCUCAGCCGCUCCUGACAGAGUCCCUGCCACAAGUCGGAGGCAGCCCCGCCACACCUCACUGUGGCCCAGGGGGUCCCUUCCCCGACAGCCUGACUGGGGCCCUGCUACCCCCGCACCCCCACCUCCAGCCACACCCUCCCCCCUCUGCACCCCUCGACCCCUCCACUUGACUGAGCCCUACCCCCUGGCCCUAGUCCAGACCCACAGUCCACUUCUCAGUGAUUCUGAGAUUUUUUGCCUUUUUGUGUACCUGGCAAUGCCCAGGGGUUACUCCUGGCUCUGCACUCAGGGAUCACCAUUGGCGGUGUUUGGGGAACCCUAUGGGGUGCCGGGGAUUGAACCUGGGUCAGCAACACGCAAAGCAAACACUCUCCCCGCUGUCCUGUCACUCUGGCCCUGUGUUUGUUUGUUUUUUUUUUAAUUUUUCCGUAAUUUUUAUUUUGGGGGUCAUACCCAGCAGUGCCCAAGGGUCACUUCUGGCAGGGCUCAGGGCACCCUCUGCAGUGCCAGGGGUUAAGCUUGGGUUGGCUGCGUGCGUGGUAGGCGCCUCCUCCCCAUUCCCAGUAACCCAAUAAACCUCUUCUCGCCUGUG